AUGGCAAGCGAGACGACUGACUGUAGCCCCACCGAAGCUGUGAAGUACAUCUCCGAGCUUCGGGAUUUUGUGAUCCGGGGCUCCACCUCUGUAGAAUGGCGAGUGGGGCAGCUGAAGCUUUUGAGGGAGGUGUUGCAAGAAGAGAAAGAGGCUAUGUGCCUAGCACUCAGCAUCGAUCUUUGUGUGGAUGAAGCACAAGCACUCCUUUUCCAGAUCGGCUGCCUCUUUGGAGAAAUAGAUCACUGCCUUGAUAAUAUUGCAGAGUGGAGUGCCAUGAAACGUGUCAAUACGCCGAUGGUGCUGCAACCUGCAUCAUCAUAUGUGCAAGCGCAGCCUAAGGGUGUGGUGCUAAUCAUUGGUGCUUGGAAUUAUCCUUUUGUGGUGACCUUCGGCCCCAUGCUCACUGCCCUUGCUGCAGGGAAUGCGGUCAUCGUCAAGCCAUCAGAAUUGUCCCCGCACGCAGCUCAAGUGAUGCAUCGGAUUUGCAGCCGACUUGAUCAACGAGCAGUGCGAUGUUGCUUGGGUGGGGUUGAGUUAUCCACCACCUUAGUGUCCCAGCCCCUGGAUCACAUCGUUUACACAGGAUCUACCCGAGUGGGCAGGCUGAUUAUGGCAGCCGCGGCUCCGAAUCUUACGCCGGUGACACUGGAGCUCGGUGGCAAGUCUCCAGUCGUCAUCUGCGGCGGCAUUAACAUCAACGAGGCGUGCCGCAGGAUUGCAGUGGGCAAGUUUGUGAAUUGCGGUCAGACUUGCAUCGCCCCUGACUACAUCUUGGUGGAGCGCGGAGUUCGUGAUGAAGUUGUUGCAGAACUCAAGAAGGUCACGACCGAUAUGUUUGGGGACAGUUCUCAGGCUCCGGAAAAGCUCAGCCGCAUGGUCAACCAACAAGCAGCAGAACGGCUACAGAAAGCCCUUCGAGAGCCACAUGGUGGGCACGUGGCACUUGGUGGUGCAUCCGCUCCCCCUGGUACCAUCAAGGAGGGGCAGAGAUAUGUACAACCGACCAUCGUCGUGGACCCCAAGAACGACAGCCUGCUGAUGCAAGACGAGUUGUUCGGCCCCGUCCUGCCAAUUCUCAGCGUGGCAUCUUGCGACGAGGCAAUCACUUACAUCAACAGUAGGCCGAAACCACUGGCGCUUUAUGUCUUUGCCCCUCCACCCGUUGUGGACCACGUCAUGCAGAGCACAAGCUCUGGGGCUAUCCUUGUGGGAGAUACAGCCAUGCACAAGGGCAACCCGCAUGUGCCCUUCGGUGGGAUUGGCGGCUCCGGCAUGGGAAGUUGCUAUGGAGAGUUUGGUUUCAACGAGCUGUCGCAUCAGCGUGCGGUGAUGUACCGGCCCCUGUUCCCACCUUCGCCUAUCACACUUCCAGCUGACAGUGCCUUGAGCAAGAUCCUUUGGUCCUACGUCACCAUGAAUCGCACACAGGCAAAAUGGCUGAAGAGAGCAGGUGCCCUGCUGUUGGCGGUGCUGUUCAUGCUGGUUACGCGAAAGCUGCGGCAACGUUUGUUUCGAGUGGGUCCAGGCUUAAACGUCGAGAUUGAUUUCGAAGACACGCUGAAGUCCAAUGCCUCCAUGGCGUCGGACUCACCAAGCAACCGCAGGACUCAACCGGCAGGAAUAGAAAUCGUUGUCUGGUCAUGA